CACCUGAUCACUUGAUGAAAACUAGAGAUCAUAAAGAGAGAGAAUGGAAAGAGAUAUGACCGCUAGUGCUCCACUAUUCCAAACACAUGGAACUCAGGGAAGGACACUCUACAAGCUCUAUGCAAGCUUUAUCCUCACCUGCAUCCUAUCCAUAUUGUUCUAUAGACUCACUCACAUCCCUUUAGAACAUUAUAGUUUGACAUUUGCAUGGAUUUCACUGUUUGCAUCCGAACUAUGGUUUUCUUUCUAUUGGAUCCUAACUCAAACUGUUCGUUGGAAUCCAAUUUAUCAUCAAACCUUCAAACAAAGGCUCUUGCAAAGAUAUGGGAAUGAACUUCCUGGAGUAGAUGUAUUUGUUUGCACUGCCGAUCCGGUUGCCGAGCCGCCGGCUUUAGUGAUGUCAACAGUGUUAUCGAUGAUGGCUUAUGAUUAUCCAAAAGAGAAAUAGUAUCUUUCAGAUGAUGCUGGUUCAGAGCUUACAUUUUAUGCUCUAUGUGAAGCAUGCAAGUUUGCAAAGCAUUGGAUUCCAUUUUGCAACAAGUUUGAUGUUGAGCCAAGGUCACCAAAUGCAUUUUUCUACAAGUCCUGUCAUUCUUCUUCUAGUUUGCCUAUCACUGAUCAGGAGUGGUCUAAAAUGAAGGACAUGUAUGAAAAGAUGAUCAAUAGGAUUGAUUUUGUUGUUACACAAGGCAAUGUUCCUCAAGAACUCAAAAAACAUCAAGGAUUUUCCAAAUGGUCUUCAAAUAUGACUUCAAGCAACCAUGAUGCCAUAAUUCAGAUUUUAGUUGAUGGAAAUGUUGAAAAUUCAGUUGAUAUUGAGAAAAUUUUGUUGCCAAGGGUAAUUUAUAUGGCAAGGGAGAAGAGAACUCAACAUCAUCAUAACUUCAAAGCAGGCUCUAUGAAUGCUUUGUUAAGGGUGUCAUCAAAGAUAAGCAAUGGCCCAAUAAUACUGAAUGUGGACUGUGACAUGUACUCAAACAAUUCACAAUCAAUUAAAGAUGCACUCUGCUUUUUUCUUGAUGAAGAGAAGGGACAUGAAAUUGGCUUUGUCCAAUAUCCUCAAUAUUUUGACAACAUCAGUAAGAAUGAUUUGUAUGAUAACUCACUCAAUGUCAUCAACAAGAUUGAUCACCUUGGAUUGGAAAGUUGGGGAGGGACACCAUAUAUUGGAACAGGGUGUUUCCAUAGAAGAGAAGCUCUUCAAGGGAGGAAAUAUAGCAAAGAUUACAUUGAAGAUUGGAAGAAAGGAAUUGAUAGAACAAGUGUGGAAAAUGCUAGGGUUUUGGAAGAGAAAGUAAAACAUUUUGCUAGUUGCACCUUUGAGCACAACACUCUGUGGGGCAAAGAGAUUGGUUUAAAAUAUGGGUGUGCAAUAGAGGAUAUGCUAACAGGGUUGGCCAUGCACUACAAUGGGUGGAAAUCCAAACACAUGAACCCUGAAAGAAGGGCCUUUCUUGGAUUAGGUCCCACAACAUUGGAGCAAACUCUAGUGCAAUACAAGAGAUGGGGUGAAGGCAACUUACAGAUUUUCUUGUCAAAGGACAGCCCUCUUUUGUUUGGCCAUCAAAAGAUCAAUUUUGGUGCAUGCAUGGGCUACUCCAUCUACAACCUUUGGCCUGCUAACUCAUUCCCUACUCUUAACUACCUUCUCAUACCUCCUCUUUUCCUUCUCAAUGGCAUCCCCUUAUUCCCACAAGUAUCCUCUCCAUGGUUCGUACCAUUUAUUCUUGUGUUCACUUCCAAGCAUACAUACAGCCUAAUUGAGUCACUAUAUUCUGGUAAUACCUUCAAAGGGUGGUGGAACGCGCAAAGGAUGUGGGUAUUGAAGAGAAUAACCUCAUUCCUUUUUGCCACAAUUGACAAUAUCUUGAAGCUCUUUGGUGUAUCUAAGUUAGUGUUCGUCAUCACAACCAAGGUUAGUGAUAAAGAAGCUGCAAAAUGGUAUUAUGAACAAGAGAUCAUAGACUUCGGUUCAACAUCAUCGAUGUUUGUGAUCAUCAGCACUAUUGCAUUAAUUAACCUUUUUUGCUUGUUUGGUGGAGUUAAGAGAAUGAUGCUGAAUAAUGAAGGUAAUAUUGAUGAUGCAUUGUUGAUUCAAGUAGUGCUUUGUGGAUUAGUAGUGGCAAUCAAUGAGCCAAUCUAUGAAGGGCUCUUCUUGCGUAAAGAUAAGGGUCGCAUACCAUACUCUGUCACCUUUGUUUCAUUAGGAAUUGCAAUGCUUGUUUGCAUACUAAGCAUGCAUGGUUUAUGUUUUGCAUGAUUAGAAGUUAGUAGUGUGUUAUCUAGUUGUUUAUUUC